GAUCGAUUGGAGCGCACGCAAAACCUUUUCUCGAUCAGUCUUUACAUGAGCUAGCCUAGCAGCCAAAAAGAUGAGCAGCUACAUUCAGACCAUGCUUUGCAUCCUGUGCAUGCUGCACUCCAUGUUUCACAUGGCAUGCGGCUGCGUCGCCGAGGAGAGGAUCGCCCUUAUGCACGUGCGAUCUUCGUUGGUGAAGGCAGAUUCCUCGGUCCCUGAUUCGUGGGGACAGAGCGACGAGUGCUGUUCUUGGGAAAGGGUCACAUGCGGCGACAAGGUCCCACGAGUGUCAGGUCUUGACCUUAGCAACAUGCAUGCUCCCCAAGGGAACUCUAUCGCUGGAAGUGAGUGCUGGAGGCUGAACUUGACGGCUUUCUCUGCAUUCCGUGAGCUUCAGCUGCUGGAUUUAUCUUGGAAUCACGCUUGCUUACAAAAUCUUGAUGGUCUUCAAGGGUUGACUAAGCUCAGGUACCUCAACCUCAGUGCCAACAGCUUCAUUGGGAAUGAUACCAUGGGAUCACUCGGCAAAUUGGCAUCUCUUGAAGUCAUAAAUCUUGUUGGAAGCAAUAUUAGCGGUACUCUCCAAAAUACAGCUUUUAAAAAUCUCAAGCACAUGCGAGAAUUGCAUCUAAGAUCCAACCAACUGAGUGGAAGCAUCCCUUCAUCCUUGUUUGAGCUUCCACGCCUUGAAUACUUGGAUCUUUCAGAGAACCUCUUCCAAGGGCAUAUACCUAUGAGCUCAUUUGCAAGUAUUUCUUCAGCGCUACGGACUCUAAAGUUAUCUGGGAAUAAUUUAAGUGGAGCAUUUCGUUUCUUCUGGCUCAGAAACUGCACCAUGCUCGAGAAGAUUGACCUGUCCGGAAACAGUGAUUUGUCUAUUGAUGUGAAGUUCCAUGGACUAGUACCUCCAUUUCAACUGAGAUCACUAGUGCUCUCUGGGUGUAAAACUGACGACAGCAUCGUUGUGGGACCAAAUUUCCUAGGCACACAACGUCAUCUACAAAUGCUUGAUUUGUCUCACAAUAACUUGACAGGAGGUGUUCCUGAUUGGAUCUUUGCAAACAUAGCGACUCUAGUUUAUCUGAAUAUUGCAAGUAACUCACUAGUAGGAUCAAUAGAUCCAAUGUGGCAACACCAAUCUGCUCUGGAAAUGAUCAACAUCUCUGGUAACCAUUUUGUCGGACAGCUUCCAACCAACAUCAGCUCAGUGCUUCCAAAUUUGGAAGUCCUAGUUGCUUCUAAUAAUAUCAUUUCUGGAUAUCUGCCGCCAUCAUUGUGCAACAUUAGCAACAUCAGAAUUGUGGACCUAUCAAACAAUAAAUUUACAGGAGAAGUCCCAACUUGCUUUUUCACUGAUUGUUCUUACCUAACAAUCCUGAAGCUCUCAAAUAACAAUCUUGGAGGCUUGAUAUUUGGGGGGGUUAGUGAUUUGUCCGUAGCGGCAAUAUACCUUGACAGCAAUAAGUUUGAAGGAACACUCCCUAACAAUCUCUCGGGUAAUCCGGUAAUCAUGGAUUUACAUGAUAAUAAGCUGUCUGGCAAACUCGAUACUUCAUUUUGGGGCCUUUCACCGCAAGUUUUGAGUGUUGCUAGUAAUAACUUAACUGGCGAGAUUCAUCCAGCUAUUUGCAAAUUAAGUAGUAGUCUUCAGAUUUUAGAUAUGUCAGACAACAACUUUGUAGGGUCUACACCAAACUGUGCCAGUGAGUUACAAUUAUAUUUGCUAAACAUGUCUCGGAACUCCCUCUCAAGAUUCUCCCGUGGUUUCUUCAACAGCUCCUGUAUUACAGUUCUGGAUCUACGAUAUAAUCAGUUCCACGGCGACCUUGAUUGGACGCACAGCCUUGCUCAAACUAGGCUGCUUCUGUUGGGUGGGAAUAGGUUUGGGGGCCAAAUCUCCCCAAACAUAUGCCAUCUCCAAUACUUGAAUAUAAUUGACUUAUCAGACAACAGAAUUUCAGGUUCAGUACCACCCUGCAUUGGUGCCAUCUCAUUCGGAUAUCAUGCAGAUGACCUUGACUUUCAGACCUUGUUCAACUUUAUCGUCCUCGGAACCGGGUUUUCUAGUAUGGACAAUGAUGAUCCACCUUUCAUGUAUGACACUCCUUAUGACCUGCGAGGCUUCACCUUCUCCACCAAAGGGAACAUCUACGCAUACAGUCGUAGUUUCUUCAACCUGAUGUUCGGCAUUGAUAUAUCUGGGAACAUGCUGUCAGGAGAAAUUCCUUGGGAGAUAGGGAAUCUGACCCGUGUCAAGUCCCUCAACUUAUCGAACAACCACUUCAGUGGCCGGAUUCCAGCAUCACUUGCAAACAUGAGCGCCGUAGAAAGCUUGGACUUAUCCCACAAUGAGUUAGAUGGAGCAAUACCUUGGCAGCUGUCUCGGCUAUGGUCGCUGGAGGUGUUCUCGGUGGCCUACAACAACUUGUCCGGGUGCAUACCGGACUCUGCCCAGUUUGCCUCGUUUAGCAUGGACAGCUACAUCGGCAACAAGAACCUCCAAAACAUGUCGCUGGGGAAUGCGUGUUCUCCCGGCUCAGGCCGUGCUGCUGCCCCUGCACCGGAAGAUAUGGAUGAGACGCCUGAUGAUUUGAUCCUUUAUGUGGUUUGCGCGUCAUUUGUGCUGGCAUUUUGGGCCACCAUUGCAUUCUCCUUUUGCCAUCCAUGUGGACGCGCUGUCAUGCUCAGAUUGUAGAUCGCAGCACUGGCAUUCAGUCACCACUAGCAUGGAGACAAAGAGGCAAUCGUGAAAUACUGUAGCAGUUACCUGGCCUGCCUUUGCAAACAUGCAUGAAUUGGAUUUUCUUGUCCCUGAAAGACAGAUAUCAAUUAUUCA